AUGGCCAAGAAAAUCACUUUAUUCGUAGACAUUGUGAGUCCAUUUGGCUAUCUGGCAUACUACAUGUUGAGAACAUCUCCAAUCUUCCAAAACGUAGAAAUCACAUACGUGCCGAUCCUGCUCGGGGGACUGAUGAAACUAUGCGACAACCGACCACCCCUCAUGAUCCGCAACAAAGGUACAUGGAUCAACACUGAGCGACUCCGCUGGGCACAACAAUUCAACAUUCCCAUGGCGACCACCGUCCCCGAAGGAUUCCCUAAACCAACUCUCCACCUCCAACGAUUCCUCACGGCCCUCAACCUGACCAGGCCAGAUUUACUCCCCACGGCGCUCGACGCAUGCUACAAAGCCCUCUGGACCGACCCCACCGAAAGUAACUUGCCGGACGUCAAGGUGUUUGCUCCCAUCGUAGCCAAAGUCAUCGGUGAGGAUGUCGUCAAGGACUGUGUGGCUAAAAUGGCCACGUCGGAUGUGAAGAAUGAGUUGAUGGCUCAGACCGAGCGAGCUGUCAAUCUCGGCGCGUUUGGGAUCCCUUGGUUUCAAUGUACGAAUGAAUCGGGGGUGGAGGAGGGAUUCUGGGGGUUUGAUCAUCUUGGUCAGGUCGUGCGCUUUUUGGGGUUGGAUGGUUCGUUGGAUCAGAGAGGGGAGGUGAGGGCGGUUUUGUGA